ACAGCCAACGUUUCCGUGAGAAAGGAAAAAUUUCUUGAAAGCGUGAUAAGAGGAAAACCUCAAGGCUACAGAGAUCAGAAAAUAUACUGCCAGCAGGAGACAUUAUGACAUCAGUAUCCAAUAAAGGGAUUUUCCGUUUCCUCUUAUUGUCCAUCAUCAUUUUGGGCUGUUUUUUAGCUGUGUUGCUGUAUGUAAAACCAUCCAGCACCUGGAUUUAUGCUCCACUGGAAUCUGCCACAUCAGCACCAGGCUUGAAGAAUACUUUUGUGACGGAUGCUGAAGAGAAUAAAACUAUUGUGCUCAUUUGGCUUUGGCCUUUUGGUCAGACAUUUGAGCUUGAUUCUUGUAAAUCUGAGUUUAACAUCCAUGACUGUCACUUGACUGUGAAUAGGAGCCUCUUUAACAAGUCACACGCUGUCCUUUUCCAUCACAGAGACAUAAAUGGGGACUUGUCCAACUUGCCCACACAACCUCGGCCAACUUUUCAGAAAUGGGUUUGGAUGAAUCUGGAGUCACCUAGCCAUGCUCCUAAAAGAAUGGGACUCGACCAACUCUUCAACCUGACCUUGACAUAUCGACGGGAUUCAGAUAUCCAGGUGCCUUAUGGGUCUCUGACAAUGAACAAAGUCCCAUUAGACUUUGAAUUGCCCAGUAAAAGCUAUCUCGUGUGUUGGGUUGUAAGCAACUGGAACUCUAACCAUGCCAGAGUGAAAUAUUACAAUGAACUCUACAAAUAUAUUGAAAUCAACACUUAUGGGCAAGCCUUUGGGGACCGCCUGAGCAAUGAUAAAUUGAUCCCUACAAUAUCUAGUUGUAAGUUCUACCUUUCCUUUGAGAACUCAGUACAUGAGGAUUACAUAACUGAAAAGCUCUACAACGCUUUGCUUGCAGGCACUGUGCCCGUGGUCCUGGGGCCAUCGAGGAAAAACUAUGAAAAUUACAUUCCAGCUGAUUCCUUCAUUCAUGUAAAUGAUUUCAAAUCAGCUCAAGAACUUGCAGCUUACCUGCACAAGCUGAAUGAUAACGAGGACUUGUACAUGAACUACUUCAAGUGGAGAAAGUAUUACACAGUGCGGAUAGCUCAUUUUUGGGAUGAACAUGCAUGUAAUGUGUGUGAGAAUAUAAAACGCCAUCAAGAGUAUCGAUCACGUUCUAGUUUGGAGAAAUGGUUUUGGGAUUGAAUUUGCAAACAUGCCUCUGGUUACUAUCAUGAAUCAUCAGCAACAUGUAAUUCAAUAGACUUCUUUCUCCAAAGAAAAUUUUCGAUUAAUGGUUUUGUUCUGCCAAAAAAAAUCAUCUUUCAUCUUAUCUAGUCUUCAAGCCUUUCACACCUCAGCAGUGGAUUUCUCCACAUCUAAUUCUCACUGAAAUUCACUUCCAUUGGAAUAUAAAAUUGCUUUUCAAGUUGAUUUGGUUUUAAAGAAACUUGACAUUGCCUUUCCCUUCGCAAUGGCACUUGUGAUAAAACAUUAGAAAAAAAACAAUCUGUAUUGAAAAUAUGGACAAACUAUCCGGAUCAACGCAUCUGACACUUUAACUGAAAAAUAUCAUUCAACUUUCAUUACAGAUGGUUAAGAGAAUGGAGCCAAGAAAAAUGGGGACGCCCCAGACCAAGAAUGACCCCAAGUUCUGAGAUUCCUCUCUGAAUCCAGGUUGUCAGUGAUAGCCAGUUGCCCAUUGAUGGAAAAGGUGACCUCCCAGCCAAACAAAAGUAGUCUUAACAGACGCCUUUGGGGUCACUCUGCAAACCCAGUUGCAGAGACACAAAAGGCUUGAUGACAUUUGAGAUCUGCAAGGGAGAAGAAAAUGUACAACAUUAGAACAUGAGGAACAGGGCUGGAGAUGCUGUUCCAAAACUUGGCCAUACUGACAGCCAACAAGGAGGAGGUUCUGGCAUUUGCUGUCAACAAAGGGAUGAAGGGCUGAGAAAAGGUUAAAGGAUGACCUGGGAGUGGUGAGAAUUCAAGGCCACAUAUCAACCACUUUUGCAAAUGUUGGGUGAGCUGGCACAGUGGACUUUGGAAAGUGUUGAAACUGGUCAGAAGGUAGCAUUAAUGGUUUAUGAAUUUAGACACCUGCAGAAUUCAGGGUGGAAGGUAUGCUUCCUUUUGAAGUGUCGAGGACUGAAACAUUUCCCAAUGGUUCCAGUUUUUACAAUCAAGAAGUAUGUCCCUGCAAGUUCACCUCAAAGGAUGAAGACGCUAAAUCCGAGUGUUUCUUUUUUUGUUUGUAUCACAAGAUUGGCAGCUACAGAGAAAAGCCCCGAAAAACUGACAUUAAGGGUGCAGCAUCAACUUCCUUGUUCCGGACCCAACACUAGCACAAUGCAUGCAUUUCAAUGGGUAUGCAUGCUGCAGCAAUGAUUGGCAGACACAAUGAGGAGAGCACAUCACAGCUAUAGGAAUAGCUGGUGGAGACUGAUAUGGGAGAAGGCUUCUGGCACUCAGGAGAAUCCUGGAGUUACCCUUGAUGCUAAAACCCUGGUUGGUGAUGAGUUUCUGAAGUCAUCUGUCAGGUGGCAAACUCUGGCCGUUCAGAGUAAGGUUUGUGAAGAUGUCACAGAGACACAAGAGGGUCUGCAUGUACUGAGACAGACAUUGGAGUGUCCAUCCACGGCACUACAAUCACCCGCUCAACAGAAUGCAUGGCAUCCUGCUUUGAGAGAGUUGCAACUUCAAUAGAGGGCCAUACCUAGUUACACGCUGAUGGGAUGCAGGGUACAUGUCCUGACUUGCACUCUAUCGCCUUGUCACUAAGCUGUGGUUCUCAGAACAUUGGUGAGAAAGGGAGAGGAGACUGGCAUCAUCCCUGGGUCCUGGUACUUCUUAGAAAAGCAAAGUAGGCCAAAAGAACAUUAUGGUAGCAGAUAAGUAGCUGCAGAUACCAUUUCUGUUGGCUUCUCAGAGCAUCUCUACUAUUGACACACAUACCUCUAAGUGCUAUUGAGACAGAUGCACCUCUUGCCACUGUGGAGAAUAAUAACAGCACACUAGCAUCCUCAUCAAUGUCUACCCAUGCAAAGGGUCUCUGAUACAGUGGCAGUCAGGGAGGGAACCAUGCUGCAGCACACAGAACAGAAUUGAGAAAACUCAGCAGUCAUCAGAGAUGGCUUCCUGUCUUCUUUGUGAAAUUUGUACAUUGUUUUGAUUUGUUGCGAAUGUAAGUUAGUUUCCUUUGCAUAUGACAAGGAGUGGAACUGUGGAUAGUACUGCUGCCUCCCAGCGCCAGGGACCCAUGUUCAAUUCUAGCCUUGGGUAACUGUCUGUGUGGAAUUUGCACAUUCUCCCUGUGUCUACAAGGGUUUCGUCUGAGCGCUCCAGUUUCCUCCUACCUCCAGAAGGUGUGCAGGUUAGGUGGAUUAGCCAUGUUAAUUUGCCCCAUUGUGUCCAGGGAUGUACAGGCUAGGUGGAUUAGCCAUGAGGGAUAUGGGGUUAUGGAGAGAGGGGAGGAAUGGGUCUGGGUGGGAUGCUGUUUGAAGGGUGAAGGCAGAUUUAAUAGGCUGUAUGGCCCCUUGCUGCACUGAAUGGUUACAAUGACUUGCCAGCUGCACUUGUCCAUUACCUCAGACUUCAUCUGCUGUUUUGGAAGUUUGUGUUUAUUUUGGUACCCCUGCUCCAUAUAAUUUGGUGGUUCACGUUACACAAAGCUCUGGUAUUCAUGACAGAGAGCUAACAGGAGACGGGAACAAAUGGAGCCAAGGCUAGAAAUUUAUGGAGCCAAGAACUGGGGACUGUGAUUGAGCUGGAAAUACCUUCCUAUUGGAAUCUUUCAUGGCUCACAGUAUCUCACAGGCACUGGCCUCUCCUGCAGACUGGUUUACAUAGCUGCCUUUGUGACUCAAUCUCCCCUUUCACUUGACUCAUCAUCAGAAGUCUGGGCCUGGUUGAUGUAUAAGUCAAAAAAUGUGGAACUGGAAAAGUACAGCAGGUCAGACAGCAUCAGAGGAGCAGGAAAGUCAAUGUUUUGGGUUGGAACCCUUCUUGAGUCCUGACCUUUGCCAGCUCCACAUUUUUUGACUCUAGUUUCCAGCAUCUGCAGUCCUUUCUCUCACCUGGUUGAUGUAUGGCUGAUUAUCAUACCUACACUCAGACCCCAUCCGUGAAAUCCUUACAAGAGUUAUCAGCCAUCUAUCUUGAAGUGUACUGUGUAUUACUGAGUACAGAGUUAUUGUCAUAGAGAUAUACAGCACAGCAAAAGGACCUUCAGCCCAUUAUGUCCACGCUGGUCAGAAAAAACAAUUUAAUUAAUCUUAUCCCAUUUUCCAACACUUGGCCUAUAGCCUUGUAUGCUUUUCCAUUGCAAUUACACACCUAAAUACUCCUUUAGCGUUACAAGGGUUUCUGUCUCUACCACCCUUACAGGCCGUGAGUUCCAGAUUCCCACCAUUCUCUGAAUGAAGAAGUCUUUCCUCACAUCCCACCUAAGCCUACUGCCCCUUAACUUAAAUCAGCCAGCCAUCCAAAAUUUGUAGGCCAGUAUACAUCCUGGCAACCUGGGAGUGUCUGGGGAUGUUUACAACAUGGCUAAUUCCUGGAUAAUGUGCAGAUGUCUGCAUUAGUUUUCACCUGUAUUUGUUCAAAUGUGAACAUUUGUGAAGCAGUAUCCGUUUUUGUUUCUGAAUGUCCCUGGCUGUCCAACCGAUGCUUUUGAAGCUACAUUUAAUUCAAUAUUAAUAUAAAGCUACAAUUAAAGCAAUGUAUUAUCCCUUGUACCCAUGAGCCUUGCUACAAAUCCUCAGGCUCUGUUGACUUGCAUUAUCUCAUGUAAAAGUGACAUAAUGAUAGGCAGGUCUAAACAUGGCAUCAGUGAAUACCUAAAUGCAGUAAUAGGCUGCUGGCUACGGAGGUCUCAAAGUCUUCACAUAGUACCUGCAAUGAACCAAAAUUGAAGAAAUUCAAUUACUUUUAAGGCCCCAUGAAUUGUGUGGCCUACUACACCGCUUUUUUUUGAUGCAACAACUGCAUUUUAGCUCUUUCCUUACCUGUGCCUGGGGCUCCAACUACUCACUCAGUGUAAAUGUACAAGUUUUUGGACAUGACCCACUGUAUUGUAUUUGCUAUCACAAUGCAGAUGUAUCAGCAUGACAGAGUCUUCCGCUGCCUGCCUGCUGCACCUGUCUCUAUUCUGCAGUCCCUCACUCCACAGCAAGUUCCCCAACCUUCCUCUAUCUCAUGAUGAACACAUUCAUGGCCAAUGAGCCUCCCCUUUCUCCUCCUCAUUUCCUCUGAAAGUAAGUGCAUCUGACAGAAUGGAUAAUUCCCAUAUCAGACACCGGGUCACAGUGUACUUACCCUUUGGACCCUUUCCUGGGAAAAUGCCAUGUUCUUGCCAUAGAAAGGCAGCAUUUUCCAUGUUAGCUGAGUCUCACUGCUGCAGCAUCACACUCUAUCACUAAAGUUAGCCAGAAUUCUAUCUCCAACCGUUACACAUAAAUUUUCAUCUGAAUGUGGAAAAUGAGCUCCGACUGACAUGUUUCCAAUGCACCCACCACAUUAUAUUGUGGGCAACAUAUUUAUUCCAUUCAAUUUAGGCUGCACGGUGGCUCAGUGGUUAGCACUGCAGCCUCACAGCACCAGGGAUCCGGGUUCGAUUCCAGCCUCAGGUGACAGUCUGUGUGGAGUUUGCACAUUCUCCCUGUAUCUGUGUGGGUUUCCUCUGGGUGCUCUGGUCUCCUCCCACAGUACAAAGAUGUGCAGGCUAGGUGGAUCGGCCAUGCCAAAUUGCCCAUAGUGUUCAGGGGUGUUGUGGGUUAUAGCGGGAUGGGUCUGGGUGGGAUGUUUCAAGGGGCAGUGUGGACUUGUUGGGCUGAAGGGCCUGUUUUCACACUGUAGGUAAUCUCUAAAAAAAUCAGGUGACCUCCCACCCACAGCCUCCAACCUCAUUGUUCCCCAACCCCACACCGCCCGCUUCUAUCUCCUUCCCAAAAUCCACAAACCCGCCUGCCCUGGCUGACCUAUUGUCUCUGCCUGCUCCUGCCUCACUGAACUCAUCUCCACCUGUCUGGACUCCAUUUUCUCGCCUUGGUGCAGAAGCUCCCCACCUAUGUCCGUGACACCACCCACGCCCUCCACCUCCUCCAGAACUUCCAACUCCCUGGCCCCUAACAACUCAUUUUCACCAUGGACAUCCAGUCCCUAUACACCUGCAUUCCUCAUGCAGAUGGCCUUAAGGCCCUCCGCUUCUUCCUGUUCCGCAGGCCCGACCAGUCCCCCUCCACGGACACCCUCAUCCGCCUAGCCGAACUCGUCCUCACCCUCAACAACUUCUCUUUCGAUUCCUCCCACUUCCUACAGACAAAGCGGGUGGCCAUGGGUACCCGCAUGGGACCAAGUUAUGCCUGCCUCUUCGUAGGUUACGUGGUACAGUCCCUCUUCCGCACCUACACAGGCCCCAAACCCCUCCUCUUCCUCCGUUACAUUGAUGACUGUAUUGGCGCCAUCUCAUGCUCCCAAGAGGAGCUUGAACAGUUCUUCCACUUCACCAACACCUUCCACCCAAACCUCAAGUUCACCUGGGCCAUCUCCAACACAUCCCUCACCUUCCUACACCUCUCAGUCUCCAUCUCAGGCAACCAGCUAGAAACUGAUGUCCACUUCAAGCACACCAACUCCCACAGCUACCUAGAAUACACCUCCUCCCACCCAACCCCCUGCAAAAAUUCCAUCUCCUAUUUCCAAUUCCUUCGCCUCCACCGCAUCUGCUCCCAGGAUGAGGCAUUCCACUCCCACACAUCCCAGAGUUCCGCGUUCUUCAAGGACCGCAACUACCCCCCCCCCCCCCCCCGCAGUGGUCGAGAACGCCCUUGACCGUGUCUCCUGCAUUUCCCGCAACACAUCCCUCACACCCUUCCCCCUCAAUAACUGCCCCUAGAGGCUCCCUCUCGUUCUCACACACCACCCCACCAACCUCCGGAUACAACGCAUCGUCCUCCGACACUUCCGCCAUCAACAAUCCGACCCCACCGUCCCAGACAUUUUUCCAUCCCCAACCUUGUCUGCCUCCCAGAGAGACCAUCCUCUCCGUGACUCCCUUGUCCACUCCACACUCCCCUCCAAUCCCACCACACCCGGCACCUUCUCUUGCAACCGCAGGAUGUGCUACACUUACCCCCACACCUCCACCCUCACUCCCAUCCCAGGACCCAAGAUGACUUUCCAUAUUAAGCAGAUGUUCACCUGCACAUCUGCCAAUGUAGUAUAUUGUAUCCACUGUACCAAGCGUGGCUUCCUCUACAUUGGGGAAACCAAGCGGAGGCUUGGGGACUGCUUUGUAGAAUACCUCCACUCGGUUCGCCAUAAACAACUGCACCUCCCAGUCGUGAACCAUUUUAACUCCCCCUCCCAUUCCUUAGACGACAUGUCCAUCAUGGGCCUCCUGCAAUGCCACAAUGAUGCCUCCCGAACGUUGCAGGAACUGCAAUUCAUAUUCCGCUUGGGAACCAUGCAGCCCAAUGGUAUCAAUGUGGACUUCACAAGCUUCAAAAUCUCCCCCUCCCCCACUGCAUCCCAGAACCAGCCCAGUUCGUCCCCUGCCCCCACUGCAUCACAAAACCAGCCCAGCUCACCCCCGCCUCCCUAACCUGUUCUUUCUCUCACCUAUCCCCUCCUCCCACCUACCAACCUCAUCCUGCCUCCUUGAUGUGUCCGUCCUCCCCGGACUGACCUAUCCCCUCCCCACCUCCCCACCUAUACUCUCUCCACCUAUCGUCUCCUCUAUCCAUCUUCAGUCCGCCUCCCUCUCACUCCCUAUUUAUUUCAGAACCCUCUCCCCAUCCCCCUCUCUGAUGAAGGGUUUAGGCCUGAAACAUCAGCUUUUGUGCUCCUGAGAUGCUGCUUGGCCUGCUGUGUUCAUCCAGCCUCACACUUUGUCAUCUAAAAAAAUUGAUUUUCAAAUAAACUUAAAAUUUGUUCAUGAGGCAUGCAGAAAUAGUAGGGGGCUGCUGUUUUCAUGACAGUUUGGUAAGUGGCAAAAACUGAUAAGUAAACAACAGUGCACAAGAUAAAUUUACUCCAUUCUGGCAGGGUGGCUCAGUGGUUACAUUGCUGUCUCACAGUGCCAGGCAACAGGGUUCAAUUCCACCUCAGGUGACCGUUUGUAUGGAUUUUGCACAUUCUCCCUGUAUCUGCAUGGGCCCCUGUGAGGUGGUCUGGUUUCCUCCCAUAGUUCAAAGAUAUGCAGGUUAACUGGAUUGGACAUGCUAAAUUACUUGUAGUGUCUAGGGGGUACAUAAAUUAGGUGGAUUAGCCAUGGGAAAUGCAGGGUUACAGGGAAAGGGUAGGGGUAUGGGUUUGGGUGGGUGCUGUUCAGAGGGGUGGUGUGGACUUGUUGGGCUGAGUGGCCUGUUUCCAUACUGUAGGGCUUCUAUGAUUAGGAUCUAUUCAGUGCUUGUAGCUAUCUGCAAAACAAAGGUUCUAUCCACUUGCCAUAUUAUUAGCAGAGCCACAUAAUGACAUCAAGUUUACAACCAGGCUUUGACAUACUGGAUUUAAUGUAUGUCUGGGACUACAGCAACUCAGAUCUAAAAUUCAACCAAAAGGAAUUUCAAUAAUGACCAUGUUAACUAGCUCAGUGGCCUACAAAUGCUGAUCAGGUAGCAGAUUCAGAACUCAGAAAAUUGGCUUGACUGUGCAGAGGUGGUUAACAUGUAACCCAUAUUAAGUCUUGUGCUAAAUCCUGCUCACCCAUCAUUCCUGCUCCCUAUUACCCACAGCAUUGAAUUUAAAAUUCUCAUGCUCAUCUUCAAAUCUUGCAUUGAAAGGCCUCACCCACUCUCUGCUCCCUCUUUUACUGCCAUCCCCUUCUAAUCUUUGCAAAUUCUGGCUAACCCUUUGUACAUCUCUAUUUUAACCUCAGUCCAGGAUUCACCUUGCUUCCUUUUCUGCAUAAAAGAUACUAAGUAAAUAUAAAUCUCAUCCAUCUGCUGUUAACUUGAUUGAACAUAGGACAAUGAUGGUCUUUACAGAGCAAGGUUCAUAUGGCAGGAGUUCAGAAUUUCAGAAAGUUGUCCUUUAAUGCAAACUUUUGAUUGGGUAUCAGAAGAGUCUGAUUUCAAACGGUACUGGAUGGUGAAUAUUCAUAAAUACAUUUUAAAUGGCAAUAAUACCAGGAAAUGACGCCUCAUUUUUAAAAAUAUAAAUAAAUUCUUGUUUUGGUUUUGAAUAAAACACUGCAAAUUUCAUCCUAAAUCAUUGAAAAUUUGUCAGCGCUUCUAUUUUUAGUUGCCAGCAUUUGUUUUUGACGAGGCCCAUGUUAUUAAGCCAGCUUUCAGAACAUGAGGGAAUUUUUGCAUGUCAGAGAUAGUUCCAUUGAAAAGGUGUUCUGAUUAAAUUUUACAUGGAAUUAGGUUUUGUUUACAUGAAGGGUUGCUUGUAGCAACUUGUACAAAGCAAAACUUGACAGAAGCCCUGGCAGGUAAAGAACAACUCUCGAUCAUUUGCUCAUUUUAGAAAAAGUGUAAAUCUAAAUUUCAAACAUGUACGUUUGACUGUACUUGUAUAGUUACAUGCCAAAUGUUAAACACCACUUAGGUCCUUAUCUUAAUACUAUAACAGAGUUGAUGUUUUUGGUGUACAUGAAAAUAUAUUUAAUAUAUGACAUAUUGUGUAUGACUAUAAAUUGUUUUGUAAUAUCCACAUUUAUUGUGUGAACAGCCAUGUUAGUAUUCAGUUCCUGACCUUUUUAUGUGAAAACAGGACUGGUAAUAAACAUUUUGUAUAUUCAUACUAAUGUUUGUGUAAUUCAGAAUAAAAGUCGAGAUGUGUUACUUGCCCUCACUAAACUGAACAAAGCUAUUUGACAGAUUAAUAUAUUCAUUGUUUCCAUGUUGGAAUUUUUAAUUCAAAGACCUUAUAUUAUAGCAUGAAAUUUUAUUGUUAUACUUGUGUCAAUUUUGUCCAAGACUUGUAAACUGUCUUCUAUGUCACUCAGAGCACAUUCUUUGUAUACAUGCUCAGAGAUAAAACAUUUUCAAUUAAUGCAAUCCAUUUUUUAUAAAAAUAAGUACAGUUGUACAGAAGUACAAAAGUCCAAGCUGAUCUACUCAAAGAAAUAAUAGAAAUACAGUUAAAUGCAAAUAUAACCAAUGAACAUUACAUUUUCAUGACUGUAGAUUGAGAGCACCAGUGUAGAAAUGUUUGGCAGCCUAACAUUUAUGCUCGUGCAAAAACAAAACUCAACAGUUGUCAUUGUUACUAGAACAAAAUUCAAUUUCUGGAAUGAAAUUAGCUUAAGGUCAUUAGCACCAGCAAGGAACUAGAAAUUGCUGAAGUGUGUGACUUUUCAUAGUUCCUGUAUUGUUAUAAAGCUAUAUUGUGAUAUCUGUAGUCAGUGUCAGCUUUUACUGAAACUCUUUUGUGAGUCGAUAAGUUUGUUGAAAUUUUCAUCAUUUUGUUGGGUUUUACGGUGCAGUUAUUUCAAUUGGUCAUCAAAAAAGUGAACCACACCACUUUGUACAUGAUAAAUCAGAAAUACUACAAUAAAAAAGAUACAUUUCUCUCA